GGUGGCAUUGUGAAAUAAGUACGCAGUGACUGAAAGCUUAAUUCAAUAUUAUUCUUUGUAUCAAGUGCCAAAGGAAAAUCAACGGAUCUAAUAAAUGACUGAUACUAUUUCCGUUCAAAUAAUUUUGGAUCGACAAUGCAUAGAGGUUUGGUUUUCAUGUGACGCUGAAUGUACACAUGGUAGAGUAUUGCUUUAUUGCUACAACUAACGUUACUCCCCAUUCAAGACUGCCUGGGUGAGCGGCGCGGCUAGCACAUCCACAGGAAUAUAGCCUUCUAACUUUUGUUAAAUUUAAAUGUACGAAAAAUAAACCAACUGAGAAGAACUUCUUAGUUAUAUCUGGUUACACGGGAAAUUAUCAUCGAAUAAUGCUGGGCUAUAUCUGGCAGUAUGUCUACUCAUCCUUCCUCAGAUACUGGUUGAAGUGGGUUGUGAGGCAGGUGUCUGGGAAGUGUGAGCUGCAGAGAAUAUGUGCUGGUUUCCAGACAGGAGCAACCAGGACCUCCAAAACAGAAUAUUCUCUUCAGUUUUCAAAGAAUAAGGUUUUGAGAGGAUCUUUGCAGACCAGCAGAGAUGGUCUAGAGCAGUGUGUGGAUCACAUUGUUCAGGCCAAGAAUGUCAAACCUCAGAAGGAUCCAUUGUUCCGGAAGAGUCUUCACACCUGUCUCCUCCAGAUCACCGGCUACGCCGGCUUGUACACCUGUGUGGAGGAUCUUAGGAAGGAGACCUUCAGCUCAGACAACAUGGAGCACGAGGACAUGCUGUUGAAGCUAUGGAAGCUGUUGAUGCCAACAGUGAAACUGGAGUCCAGGGUAACUAAGCAGUGGGGUGACAUUGGUUUCCAAGGCGACGACCCCAAGACGGACUUCCGAGGAAUGGGAAUGCUGGGCCUCACCAACCUUGUGUUUUUCAGUGAACACUACACAGAGGAAGCCCGGCAGGUGCUCUCUCAUGCCAAUCAUCCCCAACUGGGGUACUCCUACGCCAUCGUGGGCAUUAACCUGACGGAGAUGGCCUACAGUCUCCUAAAGAGCGGGGAUCUGAAACCCCACUUUUACAACACAGUCACUGGGAACCCUGAACUGCUCCACUUCCACCAUCUAUACUGUUAUCUGGCCUACGAGUUUGACAAGUUCUGGGUGGCGUCCAAACCGCAGAGCAUCAUGGAGUUCAACCACUACAGGGAGAAGUUCCACAGCCAGGUGAAGAUCUCGCUUCAGGAGCCAGGGGUGGCCCUCACACUGACGGUGUCCUCCGAACACUAACCUUCCUGUCGCCGGCCCAGGAGUGAUGUAGCACCACGCGAUUCCACACCACCAUGAAGGUGCUGCUCGCAUUAUGCUGCCUGAACCCACCAAAAACACCUACGAGUUUACCUGAAGUUUGAAAGGGGACCUCUUCUUCCAGUUGCAAUGGACCAUUAGUUGGACCACCUAAUAUUAUUGAGAAACAUGAAGUGUGUUUGGAUUUGAGUUGUGGAAUAUUAGAAAUAUCCUCUGUGAUUUAGUUUUUAGAUGGUUGUUAUGGUGAAGCCUGAAUUGUCCUGCCACAAUUGAUUGAAGAAGAUAAAAUAAUGAUUUGAUUAAUUAUAAAUAAUGACAUACAUACACCUGUAAUAUGGUUGUAGUUACAGAUAUUGCUUUACUAUAAAAAAGGAAAGGAAUUGGUGAUUUGGCUAGAGCACAGUUGAACCCCUUUACCCAAUAAACGAUCAUUCCAACUAGUUGACUCUUCUGACUAAAGGGUCAACUAUUCUGCAUUGAUUAGGUCUUAGGGCUUCAGCAGCUUUGUAUUGUGUUCCAGUGGUAAUAUUUUGUGCACCUUUCCAGCGGUCCGUGAACCAAAUGAUGUCGACAUUGACGAUAGCUAUAAAGUGUAAAGUUGCUAGCUAGCUAAAAUUUAUAAUUAUGUAUUAUUUAACUUGAAUUUCAAGCUUUUCUCUCACGUAUUUAUAUAAAUUAUCCCUGACCGGUUGUCAUGACUGUCCUGCUCAGGAAUUUGAUAUUUUUGUGCAGUGUUCACAGAUUGUGUGUGACGGGCAAGGCAACAUCAUUUAUACCUAGGAUGCCUCAUUGUGUGGUUCCAUCUUCUUUAACCGUGUGCAUGUUUUAAUGCGUUUCAAUUGUUAUUGAUAUACUCUAGACUAGAGACGACUAAAACACAACGGGGAGGUGGUUUUGCUACCUGUUUAAGGAGGGCCCCUGGUAUAAUGUUGAUUAUGACAUUGCAAGAAAUUGAAAAACAAAGUCAUCCCCCCAGUGAGUGACCAAUAGCUACAGUGAGUCCACUGCUCUGUACGUCAGGGUGGACCCGUUCACGUCUGCAGUCACAAGAGGGUUGAUUUUGAAGUGGAUUAGAAUGGCGAAUUAACAUCUGGGGCGGGGAGGGGGGGGCACUCCAAUGUAUUCCUGUAACCCCAGACUGUCACUGUUUUCAACGUGAUGUGUCCGGAGGUGUACUAUUUGUAACGACUGACUGACUUGGCUUGCUGAGAGCUAAUAAACACACAUUUUGAUGCCUUUAUUUGAGGUUUGUGUCCAAACUGAAUGGAGACAAUAGCCCCCCCCCCCACUGAAGAAAAGCACAAUUUCAAUAUAUUAUAUCAAAUAUCUUUUAAAUGUACAUAAAAACAGUGCUUUACAUGUUGUGGACAUUUCUUUGGGGGCUGGAUACAAUUUCAAUUUUGGUGGUGCAAAAGCUGCUCUAAAUUAGAUCUAUCACAGGUAUUCAAACUGUUCCAUUUGUGAGAUGUUUGUGUAAAUGCCAGUGCAAGUAUUUACUCACAUAAUGACCAGAACAAUGUAAUAAAUACAAAUGGGUAAAACCAAAUUCUAUUAAAAUGUAAGUUCACUUUCAAGAUGUUAGCGGACGGUACAUUAUUACUUCUUUCAACAAAAAACCAAAGGCAAAAGACGAGAGAUGUCAGAACCAAACUGAGAUCGAGGCUGGGGGGUUCUGAGUGUUUAGUUCAUGCUCAGCUGGGUGUAUCCAUCUUCUCCUUAGUUGCCAUCAUGGCUCUCUUGAUCUGCUCGAAUGACACAAACAUCACCACGUUCCAUGAUCCCAGCCGAAGGAACGAAGGCACAAAUCUACAGGAGAGAAUGAACACAAAUUGAAAUUUUCGCAGGUUUUUUGCACUUAAGGGUACAUUCAUAAAGCAUGAAUUAAGC